AGCUGUUUGCGCCGCAGCUUUUGGCGGUGUUCGAUGCUGGUGGCGAGGGUAUUAUGUGCGCCACUGAUAGCCCGGCCGGGCCGGCGGGUUCACUCUAGCCGGCAGGCGCUGCGCCGGAGCCAGUGCGCCCUGCCUCUCCCGGCACAAGCACGGCACCGGCGCCGUCGUGCCGGGCCGCACGCCCUACACGGGAGGAAUGUUAACCACUACAAGGGGGCAUGCUAG